AUGCGGCGUGCAGACCCGCCAGCGAUGGGUUUGCGCCUCAUCCUCUCACCUUGCUCCUCAUUCCCUUUCCCCCACCCCUCAGUCUCCCUCCCUGCCUUUCAUUCUCACGGUUUGCGCCUCAUCCUCUCACCUUUCUCCUCAUUCCCUUUCCCCCACCCCUCAGUCUUCCUCCCUGCCUUUCAUUCUCACGGUUUGCGCCUCAUCCUCUCACCUUGCACCUCAUUCCCUUUCCCCAACCCCUCUAUCUUCCUCCCGUCCUAUUCUCGGGGGUUUGCGCCUCGGACAUCUCACCUGCACCUUAUUCCCUUUCCCCCAUCCCUCAUUCUCCCUCCCUUCCUUUCAUUCUCGGGGUUUGCGCCUCAUCCUCUCACCUCGCUCCUCAUCCCCUUUCCCCCACCCCCCCAAUCUCCCUCCCUGCCUUUCAUACUCACGGUGUGCACCGCAUCAUCCCUUCCUGUACCUCAUUCCCUUCUCCCACCCCUAAUUCUCCCUCCCUGCCCCUCAUUCUCGUUGUUUGCGCCUCAUCAUCCAUUCCUGCACCUCAUUCUCUCUUCCCACUCCUCAUUCUCCUUCCCUGCCCCUCAUUCUCUUUUCCCCACUCCUCAUUUUCCUUCCCUGCCCCUCAUUCUCUUUUCCCCACCCCGCAUCAUCCAUCCCUGCACCUCAUUCUCUUUCCCCACCCCUCAUUCUCCUUCCCUGCCCCUCAUUCUCUUUUCCCCACUCCUCAUUCUCCUUCCCUGCCCCUCAUUCUCUUUCCCCACCCCUCAUUCUCCCUCCCUGCUCCUCAUUCUCUCCCCCCCACACCUCAUUACACUAACCUGCCCCUCACUUGCACUUCUUCUCGACUUCCGCGGAGAGCUCCGCGUAAUCGGCGGUUUCGGCGGCGACGCCUGCACUCAAACCACUAUGCUCUCGGCCCGUCAUCCCUAA